AUGGUGGCCUCUUCUCUGUCGGAGAUGACAGAACGUCUAUCAAUCUUCUCGCCUUGGCUAGAUCUGACAUCACCGACGAGACUCCAGUCAUCCCCUCCGGAUCCGCUGGACCCACCGGACCCCAGCAACUCUCCAACUUCGGCUCGGAUCUCGGUCGUAAUCUCUCAAAAACUCGUAUCACCUCUCAUCCAAAAUGAAACGCCAGCACUACCGCGGUCUCCGGUUACAUCGUUGCUGACAACCUCCAGCCAUCUCCGCCGCAUUCUCUUGAGUUCAAAGGUCUUCAUUGAUAAAUAUCUCGCCAUAGAGAUGGGGUCUCCGGUGGCCCUUUACUGCCUCACCGUCACUCUCAUUGGGAUAAAGAUAUGGGCCUGA